CCCUUCCCCUCCCCCUCGGCCUUCAGGAGCGGCUGAAGGUGACUCUCCUCUCGGCUGGGGGAUGCAGAGGGAGCUGCUGGCGGGGACCUCAUCCGGGGAACAUCUGUUCGCCUCAACCCGGGCUCCACAUACUAACUGCGGCUCUCUGCGGUGCCCGAGCCGGUGUCUUGGUGCUCUGCUGCGAGGACACAGCAAGCCUCCAGAAGAAGACGAGGCGCUCUGCAUGCAUGAGUUCUGCACCGUGCGGGCGGAAAAAGCGCCCCAGAUCCGCAGGCAGCGUCUUGCCCAUCACUAAAGGGGCACAGGCGGAUUCGGAGAACCGGGAGAGCACCGUGGACGGCAGCAGGAUGACUGUGCAGGAAUUCAACACCCUAGUGGCGCUGUACCGCGAACAGGUCAUUUCUGUCGGUGAGAUGUCAGCCGACUGCCCCUCGCUGCGGGCUCAGAUGCACUACACCAGGGCCAAAGGAUGCUCCAUGGCCCGCGCUGCGCACCAAAACCUCGCCCUCAUUGCUGUCUCUGGUCCAGAGGACGGAGAGAUCCACCCUGAGAUCUGUCGGCUCUUCAUCCAGCUGCAGUGUUGCCUGGAAAUGUUCAUCACUGAGAUGCUGAAGUCAAUGUGCCUGCUGGGGGUGCUGCAGCUUCACAGAAAAAGAACCGACUCAGAGCCGAGGAUGGACUUCAGGGUGGAUGAAAGUUCCGAUGCUCCCAUCCUGGAAGAUCGUUCCUCUUCUCCUAUUGAUUACCCUCAUGAGCCGUGGCUGGUGGGAGUCCAUAUUGAAAACAUAGAGAGUCCAGAUGUAAAGAAUUUCCUAAGCUUCCUAUCAGUCGGCCUGUGUUGUUUUUGUGACCGCUAUCCCUGGGCCACGUGGUCAGCCUGCUCGCGGAGCUGCAACCACGGUACACAACACAGACGCAGGGAGAUUAAAUAUGAUGACUACUACUGGAAGAGCAGCUGUCAUCAGCUGUGCGAGACACAUGACAGGAGAGCUUGUAAUGUGCAGGCUUGUCCCAUCAAUUGUCUGUUGACAGAAUUCGGGCCCUGGUCUGACUGCUCACCCUGUGCCAAGAAACAGUUACGGACCAGAUCUGUCCAAAACCCGUCGCAGUUUGGUGGUUCUUCUUGCAGCGCGGAGCUGACUGAGGAGAGGCCCUGUUAUGCUCCUACCGAGUGCAAGCUGGCGCCGAUCGACUGCAGGGACAACUUCAAAUGUGAUAAUGGACGUUGCCUCAACGCCACGCUAACUUGCAACAAACAGAACGACUGUGGAGAUAACUCUGAUGAGAGGGACUGCGGUGACUUCAAAGUUGUGUGUCCAGCUGAGAAGAGAGUGGCUCCAGGCGCUGACCUGGUGGGAAAUGGGUUUGAUGCACUAGCAAAUGAGCCGAGGGGUGCAGUGCUGGACAACAUGUUUAUGGGCGGAAGUUGCAUCAUCAGGAGGCCUCAGAGUACACUUCUCUACCAUCGGAUCCCUCACAACUUUGACAGCUUUGACAUCAAGGUUGGCAUGCUGGAAGAUUUCAGCACAGAUCCCAAGCCGCUGCACACUGAGUCUAUUAACAUAAAGAAGUCUACUUCCUCCAGUGGCACUGAAGAGGACAAACACCUCCGGAGAUUUGGCUUCUUCCUUCUGAGACCACAGAUGAAAACAUAUAAGUCUGUGUUUGAUGCCUCAAAGAAAAUGGACUCUGUGUUUUUGCGGGUGCAUCAGGUUCUCCCUGUGUCCACCUUCAAAGUGCGAGACCCAAACGAUUUGGUCUUGUCAGGACCAUUCCUCCAGUUCCUCCACGCUCUUCCGCUCCAAUACAACUUCGCCCUCUACAGGGACAUCUUCCAGCGCUUUGGAACACACUACUACAGCUCAGGGACACUGGGUGGCCGCUACGACUUGCUGUACCAAUACAGUCGAGAAGAGCUCACCAGUUCAGGUGAAACGGAGGAGCAUGUUAAAGGUUGUCUGGGCCGAGAAACAACAUGGACAAUUGUUCUGUACAGUCAACAGAGGGAUGUACCCAUGUGCUCUGACAACAAGAUGACUCAAAAAUAUCAAGGCUCGUACAUUCAAUCAGCGGAGAAGUCUUUCUCAGAGGUGACAGGCGGUAGAACCAGAGAGGCUGCAGCUCUGGCCUGGGAGAAGCAGGGUCCUGCUCCUGAUCGAACCUCGUUUAAGAACUGGGCCAAGUCUGUCCUUGACAAUCCUGCUGUGGUCGAUUACAAGCUGCUGCCAAUCAUAGAUCUCGUACGGGGUAUUCCGUGUGCAGCGACAAAGAGGAGACACCUGAAGAAGGCCCUACUGCAGUAUUUGGAGGAGUUUGACAUGUGCAAGUGUGCUCCCUGCCCCAAUAAUGCUAAAACCUUUCUCUUUGGUACUGAGUGUAAGUGUGCCUGCCAGACUGGCACCUUUGGCCCCAAUUGUGAACAACGAGCUCCUGACUACACCUCAGAGGAAGUGGAUGGUUCCUGGAGCUGCUGGGGCCCAUGGAGUCGCUGCGGAGCCUCCAUGAAGAGACAUCGCAGCAGGAGGUGCGAUAACCCUGCCCCCUUGAGAGGAGGCCAAGCUUGCCAGGGUUCUGACACGGAUGAGGAGCCAUGUCACAUCUCCAUCUUUAAACGACAGGAAACAUGUGACAAUGAUGAUGACUUCACUAUGGGAUGGAGGGAAGAGCUGCCUCCUGGUGUGAAGGGCUGUCCCAGGCCACACCCACCUGACAACAGCUUCCUCAGGAAAGCAAAGCAGUACUAUGACUACGGUGAGGAUGAGGAGUUCCAGUGCUACACUGGAUUUGACCUGGAAGGUUUCCAGUUCAUCAACUGCCUUCCUGAUGGGACAUGGAGGCAACCACAAGGAAGGUGCCUCAGAAAGAUCUGCCUUCCCCCCAAGAUCCCUGACGGUAUGACGCUGUACCCCAACAAAGAAGAGUAUAAAGUGGGUGAUUCGGUGGGUUUGAACUGCGUUGAGGCGGGCCUGUUUCCACUGCCUCCCGGCUUUUACAGGUGUAGCAACAGCCUCACCUGGGAGCCCCCAUUACCAGCAGGACUACACUGCACUGAUGAGCAACCGUUUGAACCUGACGGUCAGUGCGGUCCAGGUGAGAAACGUCAGGGCUCUCAGUGUGUCUGCAUACAACGGGAGAGCUGCCUAGCUGAACCAGAGAUUCUUUGUAUUCUGAACACUGACAUCAACGUCACCGUGUCGAUGUCCCUCUGUUCCUUCAACGCCGGCCGUUGCCAUGGCGAUCCCCUCUUCUUUGUCAGUGAGGGCGCUUGUGACACCGUAGAUUCAGCUAAACUGGAGUGGGCCAGGUUUAGAGCCAAGUGGGCUUCAAAGAGUUCUGCCCAGGAGCCGUGCGACCUUGACGUUUGUUACGACUGGGAGACCUGCUCGUCAUCUAAAAAAUGUGAAUGUAGAGCUGCUCGGGACUGUCCCCGAGUUAUGGAGCACACGUUCUGCCUAAAGCUGACAAGAAGCCAGAGGACUCGCAGCCUGGAUCUUUGCUCCAUGGCCGCCCUUAAGUGCGCCGCCUACCAGUUUGAAAUCCUCAAUGAAGGUGUCUGUGAAUCCUGAUAACUCCGUUAUACGUUACUGGAUACAUUUAACACAUACUUGGACAAUAUAAGCACACAUUGUAUGAGGUUGUUAAAGUCAUUUUAUUCCCAUAGGAAUCAAUUGUAGAUUAAAUAACAUCACGUUCAAGCAAUAAUGUGCUUACUCAUCCAUAUAUUUGAUGACUCCCAACAAAUGUGCUGAUGAGUGUGCAGCGUAAUGGGCGCCACGCACGGGAGGCGACAUCGCCUCGACUCCAUUCAUUUUCAAUGGAACCUGCGCGACAGGGUGAUAAUCGCGUGUCACCGUCCAGCCAAGCGACACGAAAUCCGUGCGUGUGAAUGCUUGUUCUCGUGCAUGUCAUGCGACGCAAUCCCAGCAAGUUGAAAAAUGUUCAACUUUUCAUCACUGCACGCGAUGGCGAUGAAUUUCGCCAGUCGUUUGUCACCUCCCGUGUGUGGCGCCCAUUAGUGAUGAUGCAAGUUACACACAGAUGGCUUCCAUUCUUUUUCUACGAUUAUUGUUUGUACUGAAGUGCAUGGACAGAGACAUGACAGUAUGUGUGGUCUAAAUAAACAGAAAGAAAAAAGAAAACCAAUAUGUGAAUAUUCUUAUUAGUAUUUACGUGUGCUCGGAAAUCCCUGAAAAUAUACACUCAAAACGUAAAUUCGACUUAAAUUAGGUGGUGUCUUUGAACGCAACUCCUCUUUGCUCAUAAUAACACGGUUAACGUGUGAUUCAAAUGUUCCUUUACUAUUAAAGAGACUAGUGUUAGGCAAAUACAUUUUCUGACAUGUGGUGUAUUUUAGCUAGAUUUCAAUUUUCAGCUGCUAACAGCGGUGGGUGAUUUGGUACCUGGGCCUUCAGUGGGCCGGCCAGAAUUUUUUUCACCUGACGCCGUGAGAGCCAGUAUCAAUAAACCAGACAAUAAUGAUAGCAAAUAUGUGCCACAGAUGGGUUUUCAAACCAGGGUUAUCUGUGCAGAGCAACAGAGUCAUUAGCAAGGCACCAUUCAGGCAUUUAGAGGGAGGAGAACUCCAACACAUCUUACGGCAACGGCCGUAAGAUUGCCGCAAUACCAACACUCUAUUGAUAAGAAUAUAAGUCCGCUUAUCGUUGGAUACAUAGUCACCAAUACGCCUGACUUACGUUACUGCUAAUAACUUAGAGUUAGUGAUUAAUUUCCACCGGUGAUCAGCGGUACACCAGCCAAACAAGCAUAAAUAGAAC